AUGCCCCCUUGGCCCCUACCCCUGGCCUGCCCAGCCCUCACUCUGAUCCUUGGGGCCCUUACUUCCCUUUUCCUCUGGUACUGUUAUCGACUGGGCUCCCAGGACACCCCAAUCCCCGGGGCAGGGGGUGCUAGCAGAGGGGGUAUUGGAGUUGGUAGAGGUUCUGAGGCUGGAGGUCAAGGACCAGGAAUCACCAGGGAGCCUGGUGAAGGGCCUGGGGCAGAAGGCCUUGUGAGUCGGAGGCUUCGGGCCUAUGCCCAGCGUUACUCCUGGGCCGGGAUGGGGCGGGUGAGGCGGGCAGCUCAGGGCAGCAGCAGCCUUGGUGGAGGGCCAGGGAUCCAACGCCCAGCUCUGCUCUUUUUGCCGGACCUUCCUUCUGCUCCAUUUGUGCCCCGGGAUGCUCAGCGACAUGAUGUGGAGCUCCUAGAGAGUAGUUUCCCUGCCAUUCUUCGGGACUUUGGAACUGUUAGCUGGGAUUUCUCAGGGACAUCUUCUCCACCUCGGGGGUGGUCUCCUCCUUUGGCCCCUGGGUGCCAUCAGUUCCUACUCUACAGGGCUGGUAGGUGCCAGCCAAAUAACUGCCGACGUUGCCCAGGGGCAUAUCGGGCCCUCAGAGGGCUGAGAAGCUUUGUGAGUGCCAAUUCUUUUGGCAAUGCUGGCUUUUCUGUUCUUCUUCCUGGAGCCAGACUUGAGGGGCGCUGUGGACCCACCAAUGCUCGUGUUCGUUGUCACUUAGGCCUGAAGAUUCCCCCUGGCUGUGAGUUAGUCGUUGGGGGCGAGCCCCAGUGCUGGUCUGAGGGACACUGCCUACUCGUGGAUGAUUCUUUCCUGCAUACUGCAGCUCACAACGGCUCUGCAGAAGAUGGACCUCGUGUGGUCUUCAUUGUUGACCUUUGGCAUCCCAAUGUAGCUGGGGCUGAGCGACAAGCUCUUGAUUUUGUCUUUGCACCUGACCCAUGA